AUGUACAAAAAGCGAUGCGAAGAUCCGAUUAAAUCCGGGAUCAAACAAGGAUUAAUCACCGGGUUAGGGUUUGGCUUCUCAUUCUUCGUUCUUUACUCUGUUUACGGUACUUGUUUCUACGCGGGUGCUAGAAUCGUUAAAGACGGAAAGGCAAACUACAGUGAUGUUAUCUUAGCAUUGGCCAUAACAACACUUGGGAUUUCUGGAGCGAGCUCAUUCGAUCCUGAUUCGACUAAAGCUAAGAGGUGCUGCUGCUUCUAUCUUCGGGAUUACUGA